CCAGGCUGUGGUCUCUGUACUGUGCUGUGAGUCAGACAGAACUCCACAAGAGAUUUCUUUGAGUUGCUGGUUUCCUCCCAGUGACUCUUGACUUGCUGCCAAGGAAGCAGGGCGUAGCUUCUUAAUUUUUUUUUUCUUUAAAGCUAGACUGAUUAAUAGAAACUCCUUUAAAACGCAGGGAAAAGACACCACCCCAUCGCACAUCCUGACACAGCAGCAGAGGAAACUUAUAACUCCAGCAGGCAGGGCACUCCCUCCACUGCAGCUCUGUACAUCAAGAAGACAGGACUAAGGCAAAGCAAGCUCCUUCUUCUAAAGGUGCCAGAACCAGCCCCACUACAGGAAUCAUCUGCAUUUGAGACCUUCCCCCCCACCACACACACAGACUAAGAAGCCAAGAUGUUGGUGCUAUUGGCUGGUAUUUUUGUGGUCCACAUUGCCACCGUGGUCAUGCUGUUUGUAUCCACCAUUGCCAACGUCUGGAUGGCAGGUACCUCUACCAUGGGGGCAAACUCAACAGGACUCUGGCUAGACUGCGAUGCUGUGAAAUGCCGUCAGAUUGCAUUUGCUGAAGGGGAUAUGCCUUCCCUCAAGGCAGUGCAAGCCUUCAUGAUCCUGGCUAUCAUCUUCUCCUUCUUCUCAUUGGUCAUGUUCGUGGUACAGCUCUUCACCAUGGAGAAAGGGAAACGCUUCUACAUCACUGGAGCCAUCAUGCUGAUUUGCUGGCUGUUCAUUUUGAUUGCAGUCUCCAUCUACACAGCCCGAUUCCCACACUACUUCACAGACCCUCGGGACCAUCAUGGCUACUCCUUCAUAUUGGCCUGGAUCUGCUUUUGCUUUAGCUUCAUCAUUGGCAUCCUCUACCUUGUCCUUAGAAAGAAAUAAAGGCUGGCAGGAGUAAAAGGGGUUGGGGGUGGGGGUUAGAAAUUGGGGGUGGGGAGGAUGAGGAAUCAUUCAGCUGGAAGAACUGUUUGGCAAUAACACCAAAAAACACCCACCACAAAUGAAUCCACCAAAGAGAGAGAAACAGCUCCUCCAGUCCAGCCAGUGCCUCCUUGAUCCUUGGGCCCUGAAGUUACAAACGAACUGCCUAGUCUCCUGGCUCUUCUCUCCCUCCUCGCAAAGUCAGGCUGUGCCUUAAGGAACCACCAGACUCCACUUCACUGACUCGGCGGCACCUCAAGGAAAUGAGCACUGCAUCUUGCUUCCUCCCUAUCCCUCCUUCCUAUUUCUCCUUAGCCUGCGUUGUGAGUGCGGGAGUGAGGGAUAAGGCUUUUUGCCCUGAAGAACAAUGGGACAGGCCUUUUGUUACAUUUUUAGAAGGGUUAAAGACAUUAUAUCUGGGAACAGCCCAACUCGAUUAAAUUCAAGUUUUUAAAAAUAUCAUAACUGCAAAUUCAUUGCCAUCCUGUUUCCUACUUAAGAAAGAAACUAAUUCCCAUGAAUAAAUCAGGGCGAGAGGUGGAGAGAGAGAGGGAAGCAUAUAAGAAUGGAGGGGAGGAGCCAGGGAAGGAAGGAGGCAGGCAAUGAUCCUAGUAAUGGAAGAUGCAGUUAUAACUCAGUGGUACACACCCCAGAGAGUCACCUGGGGGCGUUUCUCCACUAUAGCUGGCUGUGUAUCUCUCUAACACAGUCGCACGAUGACGAUCUCAGGAAGUCCCUAUGAAGCCGUAAACAGGCAGAUUUGUGAUGCAUGUGCUCUAUAAGCCACGGGACUGAAGGGACUUUCCAAUCUGAUAGCUGAGGAAGCCUGCUUAGGCUCGUGGGAGCUCACUGUUGAAACACUGAAUUAGGUUUUUAUGACUACCUGUAGGCAAUAGAUUUUUUCCACUCGUAGCACAGGAUGGGGCAUUAAUCACUGACCCCGCAGUGACAUUGUAAGUCACCUCAAACUAAAACGACAUUUGAUGGCAGAAGAAAUAAGGCCUAGUAGUUAAAGUGGAAAAAUCUGAGAGUUAGGAAUCCAGCAUUCUGUUCCCAACUCUGUCACUUAACCUAUCUGUGCCUAUGUUCUUCCAUUUGUAAAAUGAUGUUCAUUAUACCUACCUCCAGGGGUGCGGAGAGGCUUUGUUAAUUAAUGCCUAUACAAGGAAAAUCCCACACGAAAGGCUGUAUGGAAAAAAAUAGCAUUGUCGUGUCAUAACUGCAGGAAUAGAGUUCCUGUCUGCAUCAGGGUAUCCAAGCCAAACAUUUCUGUCCCUUUGAAAAGCUUAAACAGUAAGUGGAGAUUGUUAGUAGCAAGAGGUCAGGACUCACUGUGGUUAUGCCCACAAACUAAAGUUAGGUGGCAACAAAAAAUUCAUGGGUGCAUGGGUAGCAUGAACAGUAUUUUCUCUCACACUUUCUCUGUUACAUUCUCUUUCCAUAUAGACUUUGUUAAUUCGGUGGACAUAUUCUAGUACUGUACUUUGCUGUUUCUUUGACAGAGUGUUUAUUUCUAUAAAGUCAUUGUAAAUAUUUUGAUACAAAUGUUUCUAGCUUUAGGGAUAUAAAUACAAUUUAAUUACAUUUAUUUUACACA